UAUUGGGAUUCUGAAGUAAAGUGCGAUGUUCUUGACGUGGCACGUUCCGCAGGUCACGUGACACAAGACGCGCCCGUGCCGGGCUCGCCGCUCUACACGAUCAUAGCGUUCGUGCCCGCCAUCGACUCGUUCGGCUUCGAGACGGACUUGCGGACGCACACGCAGGGCCAGGCCUUCUGUCUGCAGGUGUUCCACCACUGGCAGAUCGUGCCGGGAGACCCGCUCGACAAGAGCAUAGUCAUCAGGCCGCUGGAGCCGCAGCCCGCCACGCACCUGGCGCGCGAGUUCAUGGUGAAGACGCGGCGCCGCAAGGGCCUCAGCGAGGACGUCUCCAUCAACAAGUUCUUCGACGACCCCAUGCUGCUCGAGCUGGCGAGGCAGGACGUGCAGUUCAAUUAGUAUUCUACUUGUUAAUAAAUCUCACUAAAUAUA